AUGGAAUCAUUAUAAUUAAUGUCUGAUUUAUAUAAAAUUAAUAAAAAAAUAUCACAAGGUGCAUUUGGAACUGUUUAUGAAGGCAUCAAUGUGAAAACUGGAGAAAUAGUAGCCAUUAAACAAUUGUUUUGUAAUAAGAAAGUACUAAGAGAAGUUCAUUUACAUGAAAAGAUGAAUCAUAAAAAUGUUAUCAAAGUUUACUAAUAUUAAGUUCUCGAUUAAUAAUGUUCAAUCUAUAUGGAAUAUUGUUAAUAUGAUUUACACUAAUUUAUAUCAAGCACUCUCUAUCCUCUUGAUGUUGAAGUAAUAAGAAAUAUUGCAUAUCAAAUUCUAUGUGGGAUAGAACAUAUCCAUUCACGCUAAGUUGUUCAUCGAGAUCUCAAACCAUCUAAUAUUAUGCUUCAUGAGGGAAUCAUUAAAAUUGGAGAUUUUGGUUCAGCAGAACAUUUGAGUAAAUUGGAUCAAAAUGGAUAAUAUUCAACUGAAGGUUUCUCUAAAUGGUAUAUGGCACCAGAAAUGUUAUUUGGUAAAAGAGAUUAUGGAACUGAAGUAGAUAUUUGGUCAUUUGGAUGUAUUUACGCUGAAUUACUUACAGGAUUACCAUUAUUUACUGGAAAAGGUGAAAUUGAUUAAAUCAUUCACAUAGGUAAUGUUUUAGGUUCACCUACUGAAGAUAAUUGGCCUAAAGUUAAGGAAUUACCAGAUUAAGGAAAGAUUAAGUAUUAAAUUAAUUAAUUUUAGCUUUUAACAUGUAAGACCCAAGUCAUUCUUUGAAUAUUUUGAUUUAGCUGAUGAUGAUUAAAUUAAUUUUCUUUAAUCAACAUUAAAAUAUUAGGACCGUCCUACUGCAUCUUAAUUAUUAAAACACAAAUAUUUUAAUAAGAUAAAUGAAAACUUCAAAAUCAAUGCUGAAUGUCUUCCUAAAGAAUAAUAUAAUCCUUAUUAUAAAUAUAUUUGA